AGUUUCUGUACUGAAAUUUAUAACCUAAAAAAUUCUCUCUGCCCAAAAUCUUUACAGCUUCAGCUUCUUCUUCUUCUUCUUCUUCUUCUUCUUCUUCCCCCCAAUGAAGCAAACCAGACGACUCCGACCCACCACUGAUGCCGUCAAUCCCAAUCUUUUCACAUGACGAAACAACCCUUCUCCGUUCUCAUUACCAUCCUCACCUUCAUCUUGACCAUUUUGUUCACCCUCCCAUUUUCCCAUGCACUCGGCUCCGGCGCCACUCUCGCCGUCAGCUACGCCAGUGGCACCGUCUGCGGCUUGGUCUCCGGCCAACCCACGCAGAGCAUAGUCUGCUACCGGCGAGGCCAAACCAUCUCCGUCGAGCCCAACGUCUCCUUCUCGUCAAUCUCCGGCGGCCGGACCUCCCUCUGCGGCCUCCGGUCGGGCGGCUACGCCCUGCUCUGUUACGACAAUCUACUCUCCCAAGACUCCGUCUUUGAUUCGAAAAGAGUCUACUUUAACGAAAGUGGUGAAUUGGAAAACAUAGCCGUCGGAGAAAACCAUAUUUGCGCCACCGUGGUGGGUUCCGGCGCCGUGAAAUGUUGGCGAGAAGACGACGGAACGUUUCAACUGCCAUCUGCGUCGGACCAAUUCGGGUCCGUCUCAUCUGGGUCGGGCUUCUCCUGUGGAAUUUCGAAGAACGACUCAAGGGUCCGGUGUUGGGGGACUAGUACUUCCAUGGCGGUCGAGAUUGAAAAUGGGUUUGGAGAAACGGCCAUGGCGAGUAUUGAAGCAGGUGCUUAUCACGUGUGUGGAGUCAAUGUUACUGGGUCAAUAAUAUGCAGAGGCAACAACGACUCUGGUCAAUUGAAUGCACCGCCGGGAAAGUUUUCCGGUCUAGCUCUCGGAGCUGAACACAGCUGUGCGAUUAGAGAUCCAAACCGGUCUGUGAUUUGUUGGGGCGGUGGAGGCCAGUUUGGGUCUAAUGUGACUUCAGCGACGUCGUUUGUGGUGAUCGUUUCCGGGUCUAAUUUCACUUGUGGAUUAACCACAGGCAACUUUUCGAUUAUAUGUUGGGGUCCUGGUUGGCCUAGUUCAGAGGUUGAAGGUGAGCUUGGGUUGCCGGAGAUUCUUCCUGGUCGUUGUGUACAGGCCUCUUGUAGUGAAUGUGGUAUUUAUCCUCUAUCUCAAAAGCUCUGUUAUGGCUCUGGGAACAUUUGCAGUCCUUGUUUGGAUUUGGUUCCUACAUUACCACCGCCACCGUCGAUUUCACCGCCACCGGAAUCUCCAUCCCGGGCUUUGAAAACGGGGUUGUUAGUGUUCUGCAUUGUGGGUUCUAUAGGAGGGUUUUCGGGGAUUUGUAGUGUGAUUUAUUGUUUGUGGAUGGGUGGUUGUUUUGGGCAAAAGAAAGUUCAUAAUUCAGUUCAGCCUACAAUCACCAGAGCUGGCAGUUCCAACCACGGGAACACAUCAAAUAACAGCCCUCCUUCGAGAUCAGCCACCAUAAGGAGGCAGAGCUCGAGGAUCAUGAGGCGGCAGAGGAGUGGGCCUUCGUCGAAGCACCCAGAUAGGGCUGAGGAGUUCUCACUGGCUGAGCUUGCAGCAGCUACAAAUGGUUUUGCAUUGGAGAACAAGAUUGGUGCAGGGAGCUUUGGGGUGGUGUACAGAGGGAAAUUGGAUGACGGGCGGGAAGUUGCUAUCAAGAGAGGAGAAACAGCAACCAAGGUGAAGAAGUACCAAGAGAAGGAUACUGCUUUCGAUUCGGAGUUGUCAUUCUUGUCGAGGCUUCAUCACAAGCAUUUGGUUAGGCUUGUUGGGUAUUGUGAGGAGAAGGAGGAGAGGCUGUUGGUUUAUGAGUACAUGAAGAAUGGUGCGCUCCAUGAUCAUUUACAUGACAAGAACAAUGUCGAGAGGAGUAGUAGUUUGAUUAAUUCUUGGAAAAUGAGGAUCAAGGUGGCUUUAGAUGCUGCCAGAGGCAUUGAGUAUCUACACAACUAUGCAGUCCCUCCUAUAAUUCACAGAGAUAUAAAGUCCUCGAACAUUCUGAUAGACGGAAAUUGGACUGGAAGAGUAUCUGAUUUUGGAUUGUCACUAUUGGGUCCGGAAAAUGACAGCGACUAUAGGCCAAUGAAGGCAGCUGGAACCGUUGGCUAUAUUGAUCCAGAGUACUAUGGUUUAAACUUAUUAACAGCAAAGAGUGAUGUGUAUGGGCUUGGUGUGGUGUUGUUGGAGCUUCUGACAGGAAGAAGAGCAAUCUUCAGGAACAGUGAAGACGGAGGGACACCUACCAGUGUUGUGGACUUCACUGUGCCGCUGAUCAUGGCUGGAGAGCUAGAUAAGGUUUUGGACCCAAGGGUUGGACCUCCGGAAAUCAAUGAAGCAGAGGCGGUUGAGUUGGUGGCGUAUACUGCAAUGCAUUGUGUCAAUUUGGAAGGUAAAGAUAGACCAACCAUGACUGACAUUGUGGCCAAUUUGGAGCGAGCAUUGAGUCUCUGUGAGGAAAGCCCCGGUGGCAGCAUAUCUAGCGGCUCAAUCAUCUCUGCCGAUUAGUAGCGAGUGUAAUGUCCUUCCCCAAAACCGAAAAGCCAAACACAGGAAUUUUUUUGUUCAGUCAUUUUUAUUUAUUUUUGUUAUUGAAAUGGCACCUUUUGGUUUUGGGCUGUAGAGAUUUAGAGUUCCUGUCUAACAUUGAGCAGUAGUGUAGGGAUUUCCUGUGCAAUGACAGCUGAAAAAAAAAAAAAAAAAAA